AUGUACUUCAUCAAGUCCGUUGUUUCCACGCCAAAACAUACAUUCAAAACCCCUCAUACAACGCUCGAUCUCACCUACAUCACACCUCGGCUCAUUGUGGCUGCUGGACCUACAGAUACCUCCAUUAAAGCAGUUUUCAGAGACAACAUAGCCCAUGUUGUAGCCCAUCUCGAUAGGUCCCAUGGCAGAGGCAAUUGGCAUGUGUGGAACCUCAGAGGCGAAGGUCCAGGGUACGCUCUAAACGCCGUGGUUGGUCCUCAUUGUUCGUUCAGGCCGUUUCCAGAUCACCAGGUUCCCACACUCGAGUUGAUGGAGCAGGUUGCGCUGGAGAUAUACGCUUUUCUCCAGAGUUCCAACAAAAACGUGGCGAUGAUCCACUGCAAAGAAGGCAAAGGCCGUUCAGGCACGGUUUGCUGCGGUUAUUUGAUGUACGAGGCUCAGAAACUGGGUGUUCUAGCUGGAGUGGACGAAAUGGUUGCAAAAUUCACUGUGCAACGAAUGCGCCGCUUGUUUGGACCCGGGGUAUCGAUCGACUCGCAAUUACGGUUUUUGGGCUACUGGAAAACGUACCUUGAGGUUCUGGAGGAGCUCAAGCUGGGGUAUUGUGAAGCUCCGUUGGUGCUUUCCAGAGUUGUCUUUGAUAAGCCUCACAAGUUGCUCAAACGGCUGCGGUUGGCUUUUUACAAGCACGAAGGGGGCGAUUUGGCCAGUCUUUUGAGUUUUCCAUUUUCCGAAACGUCCAAGAAUAUACUUCUUGACGUGGAUUUGCCGUUGAAGGGCGUUUCUCUCGUGAAAGUUCUGGUAGAGUCUCCUGGCACCAAAUGCUACUGCUGGAUGAGUCCUUAUUUCGAGAUCUUGGCGACCAGAAAACGGCCAAUUUCUGAAGGGUUGAAAGGAAGUUUGACCGUUUCCUGGGACGAGUGGGACGGGUUCUGGGGGACCAAGUGGAAGGGUCCAGUGAAGUUGUUCAAGUCAGCGGAGAUCCACUGGGAGGUGAAGAGAGGAGAAGAAUGA